CACGGUUUUAUAAACUUUUAAUCAUAAUUUAUUAUUAUAAACAAUGUUGUUUUACAAUGUUUGUAUUUAGUUUACAUUUACAUAGAUUUUGAAAAUAUUUUUAUAUCGCCCUACCAAGAAUGGCCUUUUUAGAGUGGAGGAAAUUUAAUUUCUUCGAUCUUAAAAAAGAUACUGAUGAUGGUAAAAUAGCCGAUCUAUUGAAAGAUUCAAAAGUAAAUACCAUUUCCACUUGGAGUAAUAGUGCAAGUAGUAUAAUAAUAUUUGGAACAUCAUCAGGGCAUAUACAUCUGAUAUCUCGCCUAUGGCAGGCUCAAACAUUUCAAGCCUACGAUAAGAGUGUAUUAUUAAGUGAUACACAAUAUCCUGCCAUUUUAGUAACUAUUGGAGAAGAUGAUUUGAAUGUACACUUAAUGAAAGUGUGGAAUUUAUCCAAAUUGACAAAAACAGGAGUUCCAACAUGCUUAAGAACUUUCAAGUCUCCGUCUCAAAUGAACCGAAAGCCAACUUGUCUCACUAUUGGCGAAGGUGGGCAACUAUUAGCAAUAGGAUACGACAAUGGAACAAUUGAUCUGCAUCGUGGUGAUAUCACACGAGAUAGGUCUAAAGUUAAGACCCUUACUGCAAAUAGUGGAAUUAUAUAUGGAUUGGGUUUCAAGGCUGUAACAAAAUGUGUUCAUUUAUUUAUAAGUAGCAGUAAAGGUGUAUUAGUAUAUACUUUAACAGGCCGGGAUAGAGAAAAUAAAUUAACUCUUGAUAAAUCUGAAUGCGAUCCUGGUUAUUGUGCUCCACCAGAGCGGUCAAGUGAAGAUCACAGUGACUUUAUGGUUGGAAGGACAGAUGCUGUUUAUUGUUAUUCAGCUGAUGGAAGAGGACCUUGUUACGCAGUGAAAGGUGAAAAGAUGUAUUUACAAUGGUUCAGAUCUCAUUUAGUAAUUCUAUCUCGUUCAAAGCCAACAUCAAAUACAUCUAUGAAUUCAAAAUUACAACUGACAGUGUUAGAUAUACAAAAUAAAUUUAUAGUUUAUUCAUCGCCAGUAGAUGACUUCGAGCACAUUUUCACUGAAUGGGGUGCAUGUUACAUACUGACUUCAAAUAAUGAAAUAUGGCAUUUAGACGAAAAGGAUUUACAAUCAAAAUUGAACUUACUCUUUAAAAAGAAUUUAUAUGAUGUUGCUAUACGGAUAGCAAAGAAACAACAAUAUGAUAGUGAUAGUUUGUCGGAUAUAUUUCGGCAGUAUGGUGAUCACUUAUAUGCUAAAGGAGAUUAUGGAAGUGCUGUAGAACAGUAUAUUAAAACAAUAGGUUGUUUGGAACCAUCAUAUGUUAUUAGGCGAUUUUUAUCAUCUCAACAUAUAAAUCAUUUAACAUCAUAUUUGCAAGCUCUGCAUAGGCAAGGUUAUGCAUCUGGGGAUCAUACUACUCUUCUAUUGAACUGUUUCACUAGGUUAGAUGAACCUGAACAACUAGCUAAUUUUUUGAAAGCUAGUGAUCGUGAAUUAGACUUUGAUGUAGACGUUGCAAUACAGGUUUGCAGAACAGCUAGUAUUGAUCAAGCCUUGGAAUUAGCAAAAAAGCAUGGUAAACAUGAUUUAUGUUUGAAAAUAUUGUUAGAAGACAUGAAAGAACACAAACAAGGACUAGAUUAUAUUGAGAGUUUAGAAUUUGAAGAUGCCACAAAAUACAUGAGCAUAUAUGGAACAAUUUUACUUGAAAUCAUACCUAAGGAAUCAACAGAAUUUUUGAAAAAACUAUGUACUGAUUAUCAUCCCAAAUAUAAACCAUUAAUAGAUAUACAAAUGCACAAUAGUGUUGAUCGUGCGAAUCCUGAAGAUUACAUUCAUCUAUUUCAUGAUAAUUCUGGUUAUCUUAUUGAGUUUUUGGAAUGCCUCAUCAAAGUCCUUACUGUUUGUGAUACAUUAGUUUAUAACACUCUAUUGGAACAGUAUCUUCAAUUAUGGGCAAGUGAUAAUUCCUUAGAAGCAAUCAGAGAUAGAAUACUAGAAAUACUAAGACAUACUGAUUCCUCAUAUGAUGAACAUCAUAUAUUAGUUCUAUGUCAUACAUAUAAAUUUUAUCCAGGAAUGUUGUAUUUGUAUGAAAAAACCAAAAUGUAUGAACUCAUUAUAAGGCACAGUUUAAAACAUAAGGAUUACAAUAAUGUUUUGGAUGUGUGUAGGCGAUUAGGAUCAUCACAACCCACAUUAUGGCUUCAGGCACUUUGGGGUGUGUGCAGAAAUCAGGAUGCUCCCAAAGAAAUAGUUGCAGAAAUGUUACAAUUUAUUGCUAAAGAGAAACUACAGUCUCCUUUGCAAGUAUUAGACUGUUUAUCAAUUCCUGAAGGUCCUACAUUAGGAACAUCGAGAGAAUAUUUUAUUGAAGUUUUUCAACAAGAAAAUGAUAAUACCAAAGAGGUAAAUGAAUUAAUCAAUAAAUAUCGCUCCGAAUCUGAGAAAAUUAAGAAAAAUAUAGCAAAUAUGCAAGAGGGUCCAAUAGAAUUUCGAGGAGCAAGGUGUUCUGCUUGCAAUCAUCCAUUAGAAUUGCCUUCUAUUCACUUUUUGUGUCAUCAUUCAUUUCACCAGCAUUGUUUUCAGAGUUUCUCAGAACAUGAGUCCGAGUGCCCUGCUUGUUUACCAAAUAAUAAGCAAAUGCUAGACCUUGUACAUUCCCAAGUGAAUCCUAAAACUCUUCAUGACUCAUUUCAUAAAGCAUUGGAUCAAUCAGAGGACUCAUUUUUACAUGUAGCCGACUACUUCAGUAAAGGCAUAUUUAGUAAAAGUCCUGUUGCAAAUCUGGAAAAGGACAAAAAUUUUCCUGUUUCUGUAGAAGCCAACAAUUAUUUUAGCAAAGAACUUUUGGUUAAACCUAUUUCAAAUACAAGUAAUUCAAACACUACAUAUGGUCCUGGUGCAGAAGCAAAAAUACGGUUAUUAGAAGGAAAUAGGCAGCCAGUGUUGGAGCGUCCCAUUUCAGAAGGUAGAAUGAGGCAGAAUGAAAUGAAAGCAAAUUCAUACAAUGCAACACUUGUAGCCAAUAUUUCAAACAUUGAUACAAUUCCAUCCUCUAAUACUGAUACAAUUACUAUGGGAAGCCAAAAUGCAUCUGCUGUAGUGUACACAGAGAAAAAUGCUAAUUCUAUAGCUCAAAAUAAUAAGAUAAUAGAUGACUUAGAUGAAUCAAAUCCAUUCUAUGAGGAUUAUGAUGAAUCUAAAAAUCCAUUUGCAGAAGAUAUUGAACCGAACUCUGGAAAUCCAUUUAGUGAUGAUGACUAUGAUAAAAAUUUGAAUCCAUUUGAAACCUAA